AUGGAAACAGAGAAGAAUAGCAAGGAGCUAGGGCUUAAGCACCUAGGGUUUGUGAAAGUUGCUGCUAUCCAGGUUCUUGUUAGCCUCUCAAGUCUCUACGAUUACGCUAAACAAAACUCCGGUCCUCUUAAACCGGCCGUGGGAAAGGUGGAAGGUGCCGUCACUACAGUCGUCACACCUGUCUUCAACAAAUUCAAAGAUGUUCCAGAUACCCUCCUCAUCUUUCUUGAUCACAAAGUCGGUGAAGUUUCCAACAAGUUUGAUAAGCAUGCUCCUCCACUAGCUAAGCAAGUGGUAAGUCAAGCUAAUGUAUUGAUCCAGGCAACUACAGAGAAGGCUCAAAGCUUUGUGAAAGAGGCUCGUACCGGUGGUCCUAAAGCUGCCUUUAACUAUGCUGCAACUGAGUAUAAGUACUUUGUUGUGACUAACUCGGUUAAAGUAUGGUCGAAACUCAACAAGUACAAACCGAUUCAUGUAGUGGGAAACAAAGCGUUGCCACUGGCUGCAAACUUGUCUUGUAAGUACAACGAUUUGGUGACUGAUAUGACCAAUAUGGGUUACCCUGUGGUAGGUUAUCUUCCGUUAGUUCCUGUUGAUGACAUUGUCAAGGCUUAUGAAAAGGAACAAGAUGCAGCUCAAAAGAAAGGAGAUGAUGGCACUACUAAUGAUGGGAAUAAAUCGUCGUCUGAUUCAGACACUGAUUGA